AUAACACAUUGAUAUAAUUCUCUUUUUAAAAGACUGGUUAAAAGUGAGAAAUACAACUUCAAAAUACAAACAAUAUAAUUAUAUAAUUCUCUUUUUAAUAGGCUAGGUUAAAAAGCUAGAAAUAAUAAUAAUAAAAGAUAUAUUAUAUCACUACGUUAUAUUAAACAACAAUGCUAGUUUAGGAUAAAAAGUUACAAAAUAAAUAAAAAUAAAUAGUUAUAUUAGUACUGCUCUUAAGCUCUUAACAUGAUAUACUUCAACAGUACAGCAUUGCUGACUACAGCUUAUAUGUGGAGUCCUCGCUGUGAAGAGUGUAUCGUUCAGCCUAGCGUGCGUUUAAUUGUUAAUGCAGAGCGGUUUCUAACUGUGCUAAAGAUCGCGUUUAGCACGCAUGCCCUGUGCAGAACGAGUCACACUGUCCGUCCCAAAGUCACAUCUGAGAGGAUGUGCGAGAAAAUAUCCGGUUGCAGUUGACAGACAGCGGCAGCAGGAGAAGGAGCACCAAAAGCGGCGUCUUCCCUCGGGACCGCCUCACCUCCUGUGAGCGAGUGCGCAGAGUUUACGACUUAAUAACGCAGCCGUGACAUUAUAGCAUGGACCAGCUAUGUUGUCCAGAAAAGGACUCAUUCCCGAGGACUACCUGCUGACCCGCUUGGCGGAGGAUGUGUUGCAGCCAAAAUUCAAGACUAAACAGCGGAAAGCGCGAUUCGUCGCCAAGAACGGAACGUGCAACGUCGCGCACACGAACAUUCGCGAACAAGGACGCUUUCUCCAGGACGUCUUCACUACUCUAGUGGACCUAAAAUGGCUUCACACGCUCCUGAUCUUCACCAUGUCGUUCCUGUGCAGUUGGCUCUUGUUCGGGAUGAUCUGGUGGCUCAUCGCGUUCGCGCACGGAGAUCUGGACGUGAAGGGGGACGACUUUGUGCCGUGCGUAACAGACAUCCACUCGUUCUCCUCCGCCUUUCUGUUCUCCAUCGAAGUCCAGGUGACUAUCGGCUUUGGCGGGCGCGUGAUCACGGAGGAGUGCGUGUCGGCUAUCGUGAUACUGAUCCUCCAAAACAUCGUAGGUCUGGUGAUCAAUGCCAUCAUGCUGGGAUGCAUCUUCAUGAAAACGGCGCAAGCGAACCGGCGCGCGGAGACGCUCAUCUUCAGCAAGCACGCGGUUAUCACCGUCAGAAACAACAAACUGUGCUUCAUGUUUCGUCUUGGGGACUUGAGGAAGAGCAUGAUCAUCAGUGCCACCGUGCACGUGCAGGUGGUGCGCAAGACCGUCACCAAUGAAGGCGAGAUCGUGCCUUUGGACCAGAUAGACAUCCAGAUGGACAACCCUGUGGGCACCAACAGCAUCUUCCUGGUGUCCCCCCUCAUCAUCAGUCACGUCAUUGAUAAAAACAGCCCUCUGUAUGAUUUAUCAGCGGCGGAUCUGCAGCAGGAGGACAUCGAGGUGAUCGUCGUUCUGGAGGGCGUGGUGGAGACCACCGGCAUCACCACCCAAGCGCGGACCUCUUACCUGUCCGACGAGAUCCUGUGGGGUCACAGGUUCGUGCCUACGGUGUCUGAGGAGGACGGGAUGUACGCGGUGGACUAUUCGAAGUUUGGAAACACCGUAAAAGUGGCGACGCCGAGCUGCAGCGCGCGCGCUCUGGAUGAGGCGGGAGGGAUGGAGAGCGUCAGACUGAAGGAGUCCAGCGGCGCGUCAGUAAGGAGGAGAACCAGACACCAAGACACCAAAGAACUGUGAAUGUACUGCCUUUAACCUCCGGACACACACACACACACACAAUACUGUAUAUUGGAAGACCCACGUCUACUGAACAGGUUUGACUACUUUAGUAAUUUCCAUGUGUAUAAUCUUAAUGUUUAAGCAUAUAAUGAUAUUCAAGGGAAUUGUGUUCUUCUCAUUUUAAAGCAACAGUUUGGUCCAUUUUCUGUUCUAACACACCAAUGCCUCUGUGUAUAAGGCAAGGUUCAAAAAGAAAUGACUGAUUGAGUCAGCGUGGAAGAGCUCUGGUGGGACUUUAAAUGCAGACCUCGAGCCCCAAACUCACCACCAAACACCAACGACUUGUACAUACACUAUACUGCCAAAAGUAUUGGCACCCCUUCAAAAGGCACUUCCAAAACUGUGGCAACCAAGAUGAAAACAUUUAAAAACUGUAUUUUCAUCUCUGUUGCAACAGUUUUGGAAGUGUCUAGAAUGACUGUACCCAUAUAUACAAGUCGUUGGUGUUUGGUGAUGAGGUUUGGGCUCAAGGUCUGCGAAUCUGCGAUUAAAGUCACUCCAGAGGUUUCUGCAGACCAGUCAAGUUCUUCUACACUGACUCAAUCAGUCAUUUCUUUUCGAACCUCACCUUAUACCUCAUACUCAUGCAAAUUACUAAAGUAGUCACAACUGUUCAGUAAAGGUGAUUUAUUGUGUGUGUGUGUGUGUGUGUGUGUGUACAAUGGUGGAUAAAAUUAUUAGAACACCUGACAGAUCUGAAAUCAUUAACCUUCUGUGCCUCCUAAACAUGAUUUCAUUUCAUAAUGUUCAUGAAACAAGCAGAUGGUUGCUCUGAGCACAAAAAAUAUCAGAUGAAGCGAGUCAUACUGUUUUUAUCCACCGUUAACACUUGGAAUAUUUGGUGUGUCCACCUUUUGCAGCAUUUACAGCAGCACAUCUCUGCCUAGUGUCAAUAUAUUUCCUGAGAACUUCAACAAUAAUGUUAUCUCAUGCAUUCUGCAACUCAAGCCAAAGGAUUUCCUUUGAAUGUACAAUAAUAGACGUCUAGUUUAUUUUCAACCCAUGGGAACUCGCCCCGAACUUGCUCGAUGGGAUCGAGGUCCAGACUUUGUGGGGACCGGUCCAUCAUUUUCAGUGUUCCAGCAGAUUCCUUCCAUCGCAGAUAGUUCUGCCAAUAGUUUGUUUUAUGGUACGGCAAUGGCCAAAUCAACAAAAACAACUGAAACCUCUUAAAUAUUAAAGUGUUCUAAUCAUUUUGGCCACCAUGGUAUAUAACUGUAACAUAUUACAUUUAAUUUAUACACACACAGCUAAUAGUUAAUUUAUAAUUUACAUUUUAUUUAAUUUUUUAAAAAAUAUUUUUAUAUUUGAUGUUUCUCUAUAUGCUGCUUAUUAAUGAAUUGUAAUAAUUGUGUGAUAUAUUGUGAUAUAUUUAACAUUUGUAUUUUUUUUUAUAAAAAUUUAAUCUGAGAGUAGGCUAAUACUAUCUAAAUUAAUACAAAUUAAAUAAAAAAUAAAUAAAUAAUUUAUAAAUAAAAUUAAAAUGUAUAUUUUUAAUGUAAUGUUAAUUAUAUCUAUUUUUUCUAUAAGUUGCUCUCUAUAUAUUAAUUCAUAAUAAACUAUUAUUCAUAAUAAUACAUUUUUGUUUAAUAUUUUAAUUUCAUUUGUAAUCUAAAUUUUAAUCUGAGAUGUCUUUACAUCGCUAUAAACAAAACUAGAUAUCUCCACGUAAUUGGUAAGUCUCAGGAGGUUAAUGCUGAAAAAUACCACUACAGUAAAACAUUAGACCAAUAUUAAAUAUUAAUAUUAUAUAUUUUAUUGAGGGUAUUCAGUUCUAAGAAAUACGUUAAUGCUUUAUAUGCAGUUUUCUUCAUAUAAAGCUCUCUUGUUGAGAGAUGCACGUCUGAAUGAAGCUCUCAGGGUGUUGAAAGACAGCACGUGCUUUGAGGAAGCGCAUGACGUUUCAUAAAACCGCUGUUUAUGCCUGUCUUGUUAUAUUAAUAAACCAGCCUGUUUAAUUGUGUUGUGUUCCUGUUUAAAACUUGCUGCUAUCAAAGGUUUUGUUGUUGCUGUACUCCUACAGUAUAUUACAGCUAAAGGUUUAUCGUAUCGUUCUUAAUUAGAUGACUCUGAUUUACCAGA